UCGGGUAGAAUGACGUCCGAGAGAAUGUCGAUCAAGCUGGGGAGGCGCUAAGGGGAUGAAUUACACUAGCCUUUCUUGACGCUGGCCCUGCAUGUCAGAGCUGUCAGUCGUUCAAGAAAUGCUUGAGGAAUGAGAAUAUUUGUUUGCGAUUGAGUUGAAGAAUGGAGGGGGUUCUCUUUUUUUUUGGUGUUGUUGUUGGAGACGCGUCGCGCUGGUUCAAAGCGGGGCGAGAAGUGCGGACGGACUACGGAGGGAGUGCGAGAUUGAUAACACACCCUUUGCUGGGACAGUCUUGCUAUCUACAAUACUGGAUAGCUAUUUCUGGAUUCACUCUGUCUGACUCGGAUUCUAUUUUAAAUUUAUGUCUAUCUCUGCGGCUAAACAAAAAUGGUCGAUUGGGGCGGCCACUAUACAUUGGUUUCACCACUACAUAUGUGCACAGCUUCCAAGCUCACAGCGAGACCCCAAGAAAGUAAGAAAGUAAAUAGGUAUAUAAACGGAUCCCCGGAGAGAUACUUGCGCUGGUCACCACCAGCCGUCAAAUCCAUCAACUCGUCAUAUCUGAAACGUCAUAAAGGGGUAUAUGGGUCCAUAACCGAGCGUCCCAUCCGGUUCCCUGAUCGCGAUC